UAAUCUGGUGAUUUGCAAAACCGAAAAGAUGAAUCUGACCCUUUGGCCUUACUUGGUUGUCCUUGAAUUAUGAACUAGACGUACCCGGUACGGGCAUCACACAAAGGGUAGGAAGCCCAAUUUAGGUAUAGCAAUUACUCCGGCUUCGGCAUAACUGUACUCCCGGUCCACUUCUCCAGGUUUACUCUUACAUUCCAAGCCAAGAUUCUAACACAACCAGUAUGCCUGAAACAUCUAAGAAGACUAUAUAUGACAACACCCGGCAAAAGGCUGCCUCUCAGGAUGAAUUCCUAAAGUCGUCUUUAGCACGAAUCCAACAAGUACAAAUGCACCUAGAUUCAACUCCUAGAGGUAUCCGGAUGAAAGGGAAAGUCUGCAUAAUCACUGGUGCUGGGUCACUGAAGGGGAUCGGCCGCGCUACUGCGUUUUUAUUUGCUCAUGAAGGCGCCGCACACCUUUAUCUCAGCGAUUAUGACCCCACACACUUGCCUGAUCUCCGAAAUAAUCUUCAAACUAAAUAUCCAGACACCAAGGUCACCACCGCUGCUUUCGAUGCAGCUUCGGAAAAGGACGUUAUCUCAGUUUGUGAACAGGCUUUUCAGGAGGAAGGACGUCUCGACGUAUUUUUCGCAAAUGCGGGAUGGGCUAGUCGUGACACGCUAUCCAAUACUGAUGCCAAAACUUUUAUGGAAAGCAUGCGCAUCAAUGCACUAUCAUGUUUCCUAGCUAUCAAAUAUGCUUCUCCGUGGAUGGCCAAGACAAAUGCUUCUCGAGGUAAGCAACUCAGUGGAGGAAGUAUAAUCCUGACAGCAUCUAUCGCUGGUUUGCGCUCUGGUGCUGGCACUGUUGACUACUCUGCGGCAAAGGCAGCAGUAAACUCAAUGGCAAAGACUGGAGCUAAUCAGUUGGCACGCACUGGCGUACGAGUAAACUCAAUCUGCCCUGGACUUAUUGAGACUGGAAUGACGAGUGAUACAUUCGAGUACGCCAAAAUGCGGGGAAGCCAAGGUAAAAUCGGGCAAUUGAAUCCAUUGGGAAGAUGGGCUGUUUCUGAAGAAAUUGGGCAAAUGGCCCUGUUUUUGGCGAGCGAUGAUUCGAGCUACGUGAACGGACAAAACAUAGCCGUCGACGGCGGCCUGUCGUCGUCACAUCCUGUUGUCCCAGGUCGAUGGGCUUGAUUGGUAGCUGGGAAUUAACGAAGUGUAAAGGCAUUCAUGUAGUGAAUAGUCGAUGAGCAGGGCAGUUCUCACCAGUCCGAUUUCCGAUAUGGCGUGGAUAAUAUAUGUCCCAAAUCCGGUGUUUUUAAGUCCUGAGCCAUUAACAUCUUCACUUGAAAUGGUUUCUGAAAGCUGCUCGUGUCUUUGCUGCACAUCAACGUGUAUCUCGGUGAGGUGGCAUGGUGUAUCAAGUUACUCCUCUGCUUCCAUUUCAGCUUCACCUUGCUUGCUACUUUGCCACCCCG